AUGAGAUUUACUAUUCUACUUGUCAUCGCCUUCGCAGCCUUCGUUUUCGCAAAGCCCCAUCCCAGGAAAGAUUCCAGCAGUGAGGAGGAUCGCAAACACAAGGGUCCUCACAAGCACCAUGAUCACCAUCAUCGCCGUACAUUCCGUCCACGUCCCACUAUUCCAAAAAGCAUCACCACUCCUGCAGAGCCUGAACAAAGCAGUCAACUUCCUGUCAUCACCACAUCAGCUGCUGAGAUUGUCGUGACCGAUGUUGUGACUAGUGGAUCCACUUUUGUUCCGGAUGUUGUUAGCACUGAAGGAAGCCUUACCACUAAAGCAGUGCCUGAGCCAAGCACAGGUCUUCCCGCUGUCAUCACAUCAGCUUCUGGUGUAGUCGUGACCGAUGAUGUCGCCAGUAGAAUCACUUUUAUACCGGGUGUACUGAGCACUGAAGGGAGCAUAAUCACUCAAGCGGAUUUUGACCCAAGCACAAAUAUUCCCGAAGUUGCAAGUACACCCGGCACAGAAGUAGGUCCGCCAGUCACAGCAUCGGUCACGACAACCUCUGCAGCUGAUGUGGUAAUGGCAGGAGGUUGGGUGCUUUGUUCAGGCUCUGCAGGAGUAGUGAUGCUUUGUGGAAUAGUGGGACGUGGACGGAAUGUACGUCUAGGAUGA